AUGUCGCGAUUCUGGCCUCAUUCUCCCUAUGCCGAAGAUCAACCCUUCUCCCACGCAAUCCUCUAUACCCACGUCCUCACGCGUGCUGUUCAGGCCGGCUCUGUGUUAGGCACCGGCGCUGGCGCAUCCAUCUUCUUCUUGCGGCACUUUGGAAUCCUCAAACCGCGAAUCGCUCCCUCGACAUUUACCACUACUUUGCUACGAUCGACGGGCAUCGGAACCGUGAUAGGAACAGGUAUUCUGGCUGUGGCGUUGCCGAUGAUGAUGCGCGGGAAGGACGAGAUCGAAUGGCAGGAUAGGAGCUGGAGACUGCUGGAGAAUAGGGGGCAGGUCGAGUGUGAUGAUUGGACUUAUGUAGGAAUGGCUACAGGUACUGUGGCGGCGGUUGUGAGAGGCAAGGUGGGGGAGUUGAGGUGGAAGGGGCUGGCUGGUGGCCUUGGUGCUGGAAGUGUCGCGGGAAUGGUGGGAUAUAUGGCCUGGAGGUAUGGCGUUAAGGGGGGAAAGUGGGAGGAAAAUAUUCUGUGA